AUGUCUGCUUUGAAUAUUUUAAUCAAGGAUGAGUUGGAGCAAGCGGGUGGCACUCGAGGGUAUCGAAAUGUUGCUACCGUAAAGAAGAACUUACGAGUAUCUAAUCCUGAUGAAGUAAAAAGAGUGGAAAAAUUGGCAGCGAAUUAUUCGAUUGUGGCUACACUGAUCGCAACUGUCACUUUUGCAGCUGGUUUUACAGUUCCAGGUGGGAACUACAGUGACGGUCCGCACAAAGGCAUGGCAGUUCUAAGCAAGAAAGCAGCUUUUAUUACAUUUGUUAUUUCAGAUUCCUUGGCAAUGUUCGCCUCCAUAGGUGCAGUGCUUGGACUUACCGUGCUCUUUCAGACAAAAAAUUACCGGCUUAAGUUGGCCAUUGUCCGGAUAAAUCGGAAGCGAAUUUUUGGGGCUGUGAUGUUAAUGAUGAUAGCAUUUCUCGCUGGCUUGUGCGCAGUGCUACCAAAUUUGGCUGUCAUGAUCGUGCCGUAUGUCCUCGCUGCUUGGCUUGGCGGUCUCAUAUGCUUCACCUUUUCCCGAAAAUUCGAGGGCAGGGAAUGUAACUAUACAACUAGAUUUAAUCAUAGCGAAGCUGAGUAUGGAAUAUUUUACCCUCUACGUCUAUACACGAGAUGGUAUCAGGAUUUGACCGAAGCCGAGGACUAG